AUGCUCUUUUCACCUAUAAAUUUCAGGCUCACAAAGCACCAGCUACGGCCUAAAGGUUUAUCGAACUUUUCUCUACAUCCUUCGUUGUCUUCACUAUGGCAGCUGACAAUAACGGCAGAAGAAAUUCGAAUACUCAGUUACUGCAAGAACUCAAAGCAUUUAGUGAGUCCCUCUACCAGUCCCACAUUUCUAGUACUGUCCGAAGAACUGCCUCUUGCACUUCCAAGAAGUGCCAUUCCGCAUAUCUCCUCCACCGAUGAAAUUGGAACAGAAAAAGUUCAGCGGCUAAACCCAAAACCAAAAUUGAGGCGCAUGUCCCUGUCUCUUUGGCGUUCUCGGCCAAAGCGUGAUGUAGAAGACGAGCAGAGAGAACGAAGUAUGGUUUCAACUAAGAAAGAAACAAAGAAGUUGGUUGAUGAAUCAGCUACAUCAGAGAAGAAAGGAAUAUGGAAAUGGAAGUCAAUUAGAGCACUCUCCCAUAUUGGUAUGCUGAAGCGUAGUUGUUUGUUCUCUGUAGAAGUUGUCACAGUUCAUGAUCUUCCAGCUUCGAUGAAUGGCCUUCACUUAUCUGUUUGUGUUAGAAAGAAAGAAAGCAAGGACGGAGGGGAUCAGACAAUGCCAUCAAGGGUUUCUCAAGGAGCAGCUGAUUUUGAAGAGACUAUUCAUAAGGAAUCCAUUGAGAAGAGCUUUGAAGGUGCAAGAAUUCGGCAAUGGGAUACAACCUUCAAUCUCUCAGGUAAAGCUAAGGGGGGUGAACUUGUUCUCAAAUUGGGGUUCCAGAUUAUGGAGAAAGAUGGAGGCAUAGGAAUAUAUAGUCAGUCUGACGGCCAGAAGUCGGGAAAAAAUAGCAAUAGCUCACCUUCCAUUGCUCGAAGACACUCAAAAUCAUCCUUCAGUGUUCCGAGUCCAAGACUGACUAGCCGUGCGGAAGCUUGGACUCCUUCACAGAAAGGAGUCACAUCAGAUCUUCAAGGAAUUGAUGAUCUGAAUCUUGAUGAACCGGCUCCAGCACCUUCAACUUCUUAG